AUGAGUCGACUAUCUCGACACGAGGGCAGGUCCCCCCUGCCGUCAAUGCAGAGUGAAAUCUCAAUUCUCAACGCCGAAAAGUAUGGAGAGGAGCCCAGACGCACGCGAUCUUCCAAUGGAAAACGGUCGAUUUCAGAAGAUCACGACGACGACGACGACGAUGGAGUUCAGAAGAAGAGAUCCAGGGGCCGUCCACGAUUGGAUACCAAGGACGAAACCGCCGCCGAUCGUCGUCGAACUCAAAUUCGUCUUGCUCAGCGAGCGUACAGACACCGCAAAGACACUGCCAUCACCACUCUUGAGCAAAAGGUUAAAGAUCUAGAGGCCUCAAACGAGGCCAUGAGCAAGGAGUUUACUAAAUUCUACGACAUCAUCUUGGCUGAGGGCAUUUUCGAUAUUGCCCCUCAUGCUGCGCCUCGCCUCAGACUCAUUGCGGAUCGACUGCUCCGCAUUUCUAGCAUGGUCGGCACCAGCAGCAUCACAUCCGAGAGCGAGGAUUCCAUCAUGGCCAAGCCUGCGGGAGCUCGAAAAGGCCUCAGCGACGUGAGCAUGCACCAUGGCCAUCAGACAACUGGCUUGGGAGAAUCGGAUCUCUCAAGCUCGGCUUAUCCUACUAUUCCGCAUCACUCUAGUUCCUUCAACUACGAAGUCAUCACCCAGGCCACACCAAACAACGCCAGCUUCCCAUUCUUCACCUCCAUGGAGUCGUCCUCUUCGCAGCCGCCAAGCAGUAGCUUUCUAAGCACCUCUCUCAACAACCCUUCGCCCUACCCUCGACUCUCCUCUCCGACAUAUGGCAUUCAGGAACGCUUCAGCAAGAGGCUGCAGCGAGUGACUUUGGAGUGCGGCCUUAGAUUGGCCACCAUGAAGAACCCGCCGCCCGACCGGUACGCGACUGUUUUUGGCUUCAGUUUACUCUUUGAAUCCCGUGAUUCGAUUAUUCGACGAUUAGCAGCAAGUCUGAAGAAGAUACAGAGCGAGGGAGUAGACUGGAAGUUCCCAGCGCCUUCGAUGCAAAAUGACCAGUUUGGAUAUCUUGAAAAUCAGUUUUCUUCGGCUACUUCGGAGGAAUUGAAUAACGCGCUACUUUCAAUAACCAAAUCAGCUUCGGGCUUCUCCAACAUGCCCCAAUUCGGAACCCAGUCUCAAGCUAAUUCUGAUGAAAAAAAUGAGCAUCGGAUACGAAUACUUUGCCAGAACUUUGAGGGCGAAUUCUUCACAGCAGACGAAGUAGAGCUAUUCCUGCGCCGACUGGGUCUAGCCAUUCCUCCGAACGUUGACUAUGUCGAUUCCGAGUUGGAUCUGAACGAACUACAAGCCGCCGACGAAGCGAGCACCAAAAGCAACUUUGCUAGCAUUGGGCUUUCUCCUGGUAGCUCGGGCAUCAGCGGAAUUCAAGGCAGCAUGUGGCCGAUGAAUAGCCCGGGUGAUUUCGGAAGCUCUCUCCGAGGAGACUCUCCAGGUCAGAAUGAGGAAUCCAUUGAGUUUAGUGACAAGACUGACCUAGAUGGAGGAUUAGUUUCGUUUAUGAAUAACCACGACUUCAACCACAUGUGGCCUACGGGUUCCAACUGGUCCAAGACGAAAGUUUCAGUCGACGUGGGCCGAUUAGUAGACGAAUUGGUGAACGCAUCAGUUUGUCUAGGAAGGACGCCUGGUAUACGACCAAAGGAUGUUAUCAAGGCAGUCAAGGUUGCUGCCGGCCUAUCACCUGCUCAUGCACCAUAA